ACUCUCCCAUUCAUUCCUUCUCUUAGCUUUGCUCGUCAUAAUACCGCCGUGGCAGCGCAAUUAUUGAGUAGUGAUAGAAACAUCUCUCCCAUCAUUCUCAGUCUUUCCCGGUCUUCAGCCUUCAGUAUCUCAGGCUAGAUAUUCCGGACAUGUCGCACCUGCACUGUCAGAGACUCACAGGACAUCCAACUGGUGGUCCGCCCGAUGAGACUCAAGCAGGACAAAUCAAGAGCUCGCUGCUCUGGGCUGCAUUGCACGAAUUGUCAACUGGCAAUGACAGUAUUAAUAUUGCCCCUAUGAUGGCGAGCCGACAUGACGUGUGUGCCGUCAUGCCGACCACUCAAGACGACCAAAAGAUGCCUGCCCAGCAAGAGACGCCAAGCCAUGCAACACCAUCAGAAUCGUCCAUGUCUUCCUUGUCUGCGGAUGAUAACAUUAUUGUCCCCAAGUGGUCGUCGUCCGCAAAGAAAGUGCCAACAAAGCCUGACCCCCAAGCAAAGAUACAGGCCACGCUGCAAAAGAGGAUGAGACGUCGACGACGCAAUGCUACCGGUACAUCCAAGAGCCUACUCCAGUUGCCCCCUGAAGAGGUCCCGAAAGGGGAAACAAAACAAGAAAGGAAGCGACGCCUCGGGCGGGUCCAUGCACGCCGCAAACGAGUGAAAGACAACAUCAUCAUGGACUGCUAUACCAAAGAAUUUCAGCGUCUCAGCGCUGCCAAUGAGGUCAUUCGUAGAGAGAAUCAGAAAGUACAAGAGUUCCUUGAACGUGCCCAAAACAUGCACUCGCUUUUGACGGCGAGGGAUUCUUCUGAUGAUACCGGUACCACCCAGCAGCAGCCGGAAGGACAACUUAGUGCUCAGCCUCAGGUUCCACAGCCUUGUGCCCAGCAUUGGCCACAGCCCCAGCAAGUUGCCCCACAGAGUGGUGCCCCAUUGCCCCCCUCACAGCCUCAAGCCCCGCAGCAGGUCAAUGUGUUCUUUGCUCCGUCGCAGCCACCACUCCAAACCGCCCAUCAAGCACCGUGUGCCCAGCUGCCUCAGCUCAGUACAAACGUUGCUGUCCCGCAACCACAGCUGAAUGCCUCAUGUGCUCCACAUCAGUCUCAGCUGCAGAUCCCACAAGUCCAACAGAAGGCACUCUGUGUCCAGCAGCAGCCUCAGCGGCAAGAAGCGUCACAAACGUGGGUCCAGCAAGCAGCCAAUGCAGGAUACCAUCAACAACGUCAAGCCUCCAGUGGGACCGGCGUGUUGGCAAUGACGCAGCAGCAGCAACCGUCAGCGUCCUUCCAGCCUCAAGCCUCCUCAAUAAGUGGGCAAGUCGCUGCAUCCAACCAAGGACUCGUUAUGGUAAAUGCCCCAGGAACGCUUGCGAAUCCGCCUUUGGUUAUAAAUGGCCCAGGAAUGCUUGCAAAUCCACCUUUGCACCCGCCUUCACAUACUAUCCAGUCGACAGUGUAUCACGCUCCUUCCCAACCACAGCAAACUGUUCCAUCACAUCCCAACGCAGCGGACAUGGGGCACGAUCAAGUUGUUCAGCAACUCGCUACAGUGUUGAUGCAAGUGAUGCAGAACCCGACUAGUAGCGCUUGUACCAACCUCUCCCCAACCAAUGCCGUGGCGCAAGCUCCAGAGUUGGCUCUCCCUGCACUGAUGCCGUCCCCGCCGUCAAGCCAUAUGCAUCAGCAGGCGCCAGGAAACGUGUUGCACGCCAUGCCAGCUCAAUCGCAGUUCCAACCGCCAAGUUCCGUGCAUCCCAUGCACCAGCAACCACAGUGCGGAUCAAUCAAUGGCAUUGCACAUGCGAUGAACGCGCCCAGCAUCAACGCAGUGCAUGGUGUCGCUCAAAACCAGGCCAACCAUGUGGCAUUGUCUCAAGGCGGCCAAAUACCCACGGUGUAUGUCUCGACCACUACUACCGUGCCACCGCCACCUACGAUCGGAAUCGAUGGAGUCCAGCAAGUUCUCUCUGCGGCGAUGCCACUGUUUGUACAACCCCACGCAGUUGGUUCGCAGCAAGCUACACCAACGGGUCCCUUGGCAAACGGCAUGACUAUGAAUGCUUCAAAUGUCGGCGCAGAAGGUAACGGCGACUCACAAGCAGCUGCUGUCCACUUGGUGUGCCAGUUGCUUCGAUCACAACAUCCGGCUGCUAUUGCUAUGGCCAUGCAAAUAUUCGCAACGAUGCAGCAAGCCACUGGUCCUCAGUUGGCUGUGUCAUACACAGCACCCCUACCUUCACCCAGCAACACGGCCCCAGUUGUCCCAGCCCCAGUUGUCCUUGCCUCAAAUGUGAAUGCUCAGAGCAACGACGACCCGCAAGGUGCCGUUGUUCAUUUGGUGUGCCAGUUGCUUCAAACGGGACAGCCUGCGGCAACGGCAAUGGCAAGUCAAAUACUCGAAUCGAUGCAGAACCGAUCGUCUGACCAAGAUCCAAACUUGAUGAUUGCUUGAAGCAUCGAUUGAACAAUUCGUAUCGCUGGUUUCAAACACUUUCGUGGAUACGAGCAGCUUUGGGUUGCUUCCUACCUGCUCAUCCUGUAUCACUAGCCAGCAUUUCAAUUGAUGCACUUCGGUUUAUUAUUAGAUAAUAAGUAAUAAUGCUACUACCUGUUCCUGUUCUC